GUCAUCGCGGCUUCUGUCCCCUUCACCUCUGCCUUAACCCGUCCCAAAGCAAACGAGUACAAGGAUACCGACUGGUAAGAUACCUGACCAAACUAACUGUCCCGCCUGUAACCCCUAAAGCAGGCAACCAGAUAGAGACUAGAAAUCUAACAUGUUCCGCGCUUCCCACCAAACAGUAAGAACUGGAACUAUGGCCACAACUCCUUCCUCUUCUACGACGUCACCAUGGACGACACCACCAACUCGGUAUAUCUGGCCGACGGGUACGGGCUCGACAGCAAGACGAGGGGCUGGUGCGGAUACUCGGAGAAGAGCAAGGACGGCGGUGUCUGCCAGGGCGUCAACCUCGGCCGUAUGCCGGAGGGCUGCGUCAAUAUCAACGAGGUGGCCAAGCUUGUGGGGAGAGUCAAGUGUGUUCAGUCGGUUAUCGUCUGAAAGAGGAAGGGGAUGGUGAUGAUGUUGGGUAUGAGGAUAACAUCGGUAUGGCGUGUAGGACACGAGGGGCACAGGUCGCGAGGGAAACGAUUGGCGAUACCCUUGAUCCGGUGCCUAUGGACUCUUGGAUGUUUUAUUAUCUAGUUUGGAUUGCUUUGAUUGCUUGAGUCAUUGCUGUUUCUAUAUCAGCCAGAGCUUUGUAAUUAGUACUCGACCCAACUGCUCGUUGCUUUCAUUGACCAGGCGAACGGAGAAGUCAGACGAGCCUGCAUUGUCAUUGAGCAGCAUCCUUGUCAUUUUUCUGCCAGCAGUAAGUCUGGAAGGGCGAUGUAGGAUCGUUUCAUUGUGAAAUUUCAAUAAAUCAAAAGCACCGUAACCAGUCCAUUGAUGAGUGUUC